CGCCCCGGUCCAACGCUUUGCCGCGCCCCUCUCGUUCUGAUAGAAGUCGGGUAGAAGUCUGGCCGUCCACUGACGAUUACAAAAAGCUGGCCUCUUGCCUGGAGUACGGCGUAUUCGAUUCGACUCGUUGCUCUGUUUCGAUCAGACCUCUACGAACUUGCACACAAGGGUACCCAUCUAUCCAUCUUCGUCUACCGGUUCCUGCUUCAGAAGCCGUGGGAAAACCAACGUCGGUCGUUGCCUAGAGCAAGACAUCAUGCACAAUUCAGUACUCUUGGCCCUCUGGGGAGGCCUUGCUUUCAUCCUCUAUACAGUGGUCAACUAUGUGCGAGAAGAGCGACGACACCGUCGCAAUGCGGAGCAACUCGGAUGCGAACCUGCCUACAGCACCGUGAGCAAAUGGGAUCCCCUCGGGUUACGAGUGGCAUCUACGUUCAUGGCUGAGUUCAAGAACUUUCGAUUUGUGCCGUUUUACAAACAACGGAUGGACGGAAUAUGGGCCAAGGAGGGCAAAAUCAUACCCACCAUGUUCCAGGUCGUUGGCACAACUCCCAUUAUAGUCACCGUAGAGCCAAAGAACGUGCAGGCUAUCCUCGCAACCAAGUUCAAAGACUUUGGACUGGGCCAAUUCCGAAACAAGUUAUUCAACCCUUUGCUUGGGACUGGUAUCUUUGCUACCGACGGCGAGCAAUGGGCGCAUGCGCGAGCGAUGCUCCGCCCUCAGUUUGCCAGAGACCAGAUCAGUGAUCUCGACCUCGAAGAAACGCAUAUCCAGCACUUGCUCCAACACCUCCCAGUCAAGGGCGACGGAUGGACCGACGUGACAAACAUCCAACCGCUCUUCUUUAGCCUCACCCUCGACUCGGCCACGGAAUUCCUCUUCGGCCAAAGCACAAACUCGCAGCUCUUCAACCUCCCCAACCACGCCUCCAAAACCGCAAACGACCCCACCAUCUUCAAAGACUUCCCACUCGCAUUCGACAACGCGCAGCGCAUCACCUCGUCCGCCUUCCCCCUCGGCGAAACCUUCUACCCGCUGAAAUUCGGAAAAGAGUUCCGCGCCCAAGUCAAAAUCUGCCACGACUUCAUCGACCACUUCGUGCAGCAAGCGCUCACCAAAGAGAAAACCCCGGCAGGCACAACAUCCUCUGGGAAGCAAAAAUUCGUCUUCCUAGACGCCGUCGUAGAAUCCACCCGCGACCCCAUCGAGCUCCGCAACCACAUGAUCAACAUCCUGCUCGCGGGCCGCGACACCACCGCCUCAACGCUAUCCUGGGUGUUCCUCGAACUCGUCAGAAACCCAGCCAUCUACGCCAAGCUGCGCGCCGUCGUCCUCGACAACUUCGGCUCCUAUGCGAACCCGCGCAACAUCACGUUUGAGUCGCUCAAGGCGUGCAGCUACCUCCAGUGCAUCCUGCAGGAGUCGCUGCGGCUCUACCCCGUCGUGCCCAACGACUCGCGCGUCGCGCUGCGCGAUACGUGUCUCCCGCAAGGCGGGGGGCCGGAUGGCUCGAAACCCACGUACGUGCGCAAAGGCACGGCGGUGGAAUACCCGUUCUACAUCAUGUCGCGUCGGAAAGAUAUAUGGGGUGAGGAUGCCGAUGUGUUUAGGCCGGAGAGGUUCGACGGGAGGAAGUCGGGGUGGGAGUACGUGCCGUUUAACGGCGGGCCGAGGAUCUGUAUUGGGCAGCAGUUUGCGUUGACCGAGGCCGCGUACGUGAUUGUGAGGUUGUUGCAGAGGUUCGAGGCGUGUGAGGGGGUGGGUAAUUCUUGGGAGCCGGUGGAGAAGGGUGGGUAUGGGUAUGUGAGGUGGGAUUUGGGCUUGACGGGAUGUCCGGCUGAUGGGGUGAAGAUUCGGUUCAAAGAGGCUGUGGAUUCGUGA